UAUGAGCCUUAAAGGAGAAGCAUCGACCGACAUAUCAGUGAAGAUCCUCACCUUUGUUGGCCAAACGGCCAUCCUUCCCUGCCAAAUCAGCGUCGGUGAUAACGAAGACGUCCCAUCAUUAGAGUGGUCCAAGGAAGGUCUGAAGCCGGACAUCGCCUUCCUGUAUCGGGGAGGCAGUGAGACCUUCGAGGAGAAGAAUGAGGUCUUCCAUUUCCGGACCAACCUCUUCGAGAAUGAACUGAAAAACGGAAACUUGUCGCUGAGGCUUUCUAACGUGCGGCUGUCUGAUACAGGAACAUACAAAUGCAGGAGGAUGAUGUCGGGGCCCAAGCACGUCAGUACAGUAGAGCUCUCUGUGGGUGCAGUUUCUGAGCCAAAACUCUUCGUGGUUCCAGGUGUUGGAGUGACUCUGCAAUGUGAAGUGAGCUGCUGGUUCCCGCAGCCUGAGAUUACAUUUCUUGAUGCUCAGGGAAACGUCAUCAGCGCUGAAAACCCAAAGAGUUAUCCAGAUUCCAGUCGAUGUGUCAUCGUCACAAGGAGAGCCACUGUGCAGGCUGGCGACAGGUUCACCUGCAGAGUUAACCAGUCUGAGAUAAACCAGACGAGGGACACUGAGAUUUACAUACCAGAUAACUGCAUGAGAUCCGACACUACAACCAUCAUCCUUGCUGUUGUCGUAUUCAUUCUAAUCGCAAUAAUUGCAUUUCUUUGCAAGUCAUUGUAUUGCAACUCUGAAGGGGUAAUUAAAUUGCUUUCCAGGCUAUCAUGCCAAAGUUCAAAACGCAGCAAUGCAGAAGGUCAAAAUCCGAGUAACCAGGCUGUCCCCAUCGAAAAUGCCACCACUGAGCAUCACAGAAAAGUCGAUGAACUGGAGAGGACCCUGGGUGACAAAGAGGAGAUCAUCCGCAGACUUAAUGAAGAGCUUAAUGACCUCAGAUCUAAGCAGAGUCCUGUUGUUUGCCAGCCUAUUAACCGCCCUCAAGACCAGCUUCCCCAAGACGACAAACCAACAGCCUCAACCAUCAGCAAGCGUCCAGAAUCUGGCAACUUCUUCCAGAACAAAGAUUCAAACCCUAAGGGAACGCAUGUUGUCCGUUCAAUGAGUGUGUCAGAUUCUCGGCCUCGUUUAAACGGCGCCAAGUUCGAACGUAGAUCCACCAUCUCAGCCCCGUCAAGUAACCGCUUCAGUGUUCUGGCAAAUUUAACGGAAGAUGAGGUGCCGUUGAUGCAAUAGAGAACAAUUGAUGAUUGCUCUGGAUUUUUUUAAGUUAAGUUACGUUUUUUUUUUAAGCUUUUGUAUACUUUCUACAAAUAAAGAGCAACCCAGUGAAUGAGGCAUGACACUGCAUUAAUCUAUUUUGUGCGUUGGUAGGUUUGAUCCACCAGUGUUCAGCUUAAAAAAAAAAAAGGAUUUAAAAGCAUCUGGUUUCCAUUUCCUUUUAUUUAAAGCUAUUUUUAGAUGUCCAUCCAUCCAUUCAUUUUCCGUAACCUGCUUAUCCAGUUAAGGGUCGCAGGGGUGCUGGAGCUGAUCUCAGCUGUCAAUGGGGCAGGCAACCAUUCACACUCACAUCCACACCUACGGGCAAUUUAGAGUCUUCAAUGCACCUAAGCUGCAUGUCUUUGGACUGUGGGAGGAAGCCGGAGAACCCGGAGAGAACCCACGCUGACACGGGGAGAACAUGCAAGAGGCCCCUCUUGCUGUGAGGCAACAGUGCUAACCACUACACCACCGUGCAGCCUAUUUUUAGAUGUAUGUUAAUCAAAUUAUUUCUAUCUCUUUCACCGCAUUAAAUUCAAAACUACUCUUUUGUCAUUAUAUUAAUUUAUUCGGUUGUUCAAGUCUCACUGAAUUUAGUAAAGUACUCACUUUAAAUUACCAUUAAUGUCAUGACAGUUUGUGGUUUAUGGUAGUUUGAUUUAUUUUUUUGUAUAACAAUUUUUUGGUACUUCAUUUCCUGUUUGCUUGUCUGCAUGAGGCUUAUGCAAGGUGUGAACUUGUGUGUAAGAAUUGGCUCAUGUGCAUGUUGAAGUUUGUUGUGCUGAGUCAUUUAGAAAGGCUUAUUUGACGCAUAUAGUUGAGGAUCAUCAGCAAACUAACACAUUUCCGAUUAAUACAACAGCCGCUGCUGGUACACAAUGGAAUUCUAAGUUUCUAAAGUAUUGUUUUGUAAUUUUGUUUCUGCGAGUUUGAACAUUUACAGCCCAUAGCUGCACUUCCAAUGAUCACAGAUGUUUUUUAUCAGUCCAACCUGAAUGUGAAUUGUGUAAUAAAACACUUUAC